AGAGAGCAAUGUAGCAAGCGCGGAAUAUCCCAAUUCUGGCAGUAGGGGAGAGAGCGGAAACCAACUAGUUAGAGUGUCCCUCCGUAGUUCAAACUACAGAGUGCGUGAGAGUUAAUUCAAAAGAGAGAGCCGAAGGAGCGUCGCUUACCCGCCGAACGCGCGGCACCUCGCUGGACGUCAGGUGAAGCGUCGCGUAAAUCAACGGAGCGUCACAUUUCAGAACUUUAACAAUCAAACAAGCAGACGGCGCUUUUGGAAGAGUUUUGGUGGGAAAAGACAAAGAAAGAAAACCAAAAGGUAUGGCAGCGACUUUACCCAGAACCCUUGGGAGUUGCAGCCUACCGCGCAUCCUUCAGAGGGCCAACCUGCUGUGCUACUACGACGCCUUUAUCCAGCAGGGCGGCGAUGGCGUUCAGCAGCUCUGCGAGGCUGGCGAGGACGAGUUUCUCGAGAUCAUGGCGCUCGUAGGCAUGGCCAGCAAGCCGUUGCACGUCAGGCGCCUACAGAAAGCUCUGCGAGAUUGGGUCACAAACCCUGCCCUGUUCAAUCAGCCCCUCACGUCUCUUCCGUCUGCAGCAUUCCGUCUACAAGCUGCCCGAAGGUCACCCACAUUGUUACCUGGGAAUGGCGCCCGGGGAGAGACCCAAGUCAAAGUGCCCAAGUGUUUGGCAGCUGCUUGCGUUGAUCCCGGAAAAGGAGAAUCGGGUAACGGGAACUCUUCUGCCACUGUUUCGCCCCUCCAGAGUGGAAGCGAGCCACGUUUUUGGGCAGGUCAUGGCACGGAGAGCGAGCACAGCCUGUCCCCGGCUGAACUGGGCUCUCCGUCUUCCCCUCGGGACGGCCUGGAGGCGCUAGAUGCGGCUGCUGUUCAGUCCGUGGCGGAUUGCGUGGAAAGAAUCGCUCAGACUUUGCCCAAGAGUGACCCCGGAGAGGUUAAAGAACUGUUGAAGGGAAAUAAGAAGCUUGCCAAGAUGAUCAGCCACAUCUUCGACAUGAGCGACGAGGAUCCGCACAGGGAGGAGGAAAUACGCAAGUAUAGCGCCAUAUAUGGGAGAUUCGACUCAAAAAGGAAGGAUGGAAAGCAUCUGACUCUGCAUGAGCUGACAGUGAAUGAGGCUGCGGCACAGCUCUGUAUGAAGGAGGUGGCCUUGCUGACUCGCAGAGAUGAGCUUUUCGGACUGGCCCGUCAGGUUUCCCGAGAGGUCACAUACAAAUACACCUACAGAACCAGCAAAUCUCGAUGCGGUGACAGAGAUGAGCCGUCGCCCAAGAGAAUUAAAACCGAGGAGGGCUGUUUUGACCUCCAGGAGGCGCUGCAGGCCAUUCACAUGCGCCAGGAGACCCUUAAGGAGCAGCUAGCCCACGCCAGAUCUAAAGGAGAGGAGACGGUUGGGCGGAACAUCCAGGUGACUGACUCUGGGCGUCUGUUGGCCAAGCAGAUGGAGAUACUGCAUCCCGCUGCGGCGCAGGAUAGACUGCAGGCUCUAGAGUGGGAGGUUCCACCGGGGCCCUACAAACACAGCACAGACAGGCAGAACAGCAGCGGGCUCUCUGCCGACAAAAACACUGACCAGCAGGGUGAGUUUAGAGGCGCUGAAUCUGAGGUGACCAGCCAGAGGGCGAGUGCUUCUGGCGGAGACACAGCUCUUGGAAAGCAGCUGGCCAGGUUGAGGCAUCAUCACGCUAAUGCAGGCAAGACGUCAGCAGCUACAGAAAGCGGAGGUGCAUCUUCCACGUGCCUCAGCCUCUCUGAAAGAAAGACCAUCAAAUCGGGCCGGAAGAUUCAGAUAUAG